CCCAACAACGAAACUGUCAAACUAAUAUUUCCAGACAACAGAAACCCACAAAUGAUUCGCCCCAAAAGCUUUCAAUUUUAUAAAAUUCACAAACUGUUCAAUCCCCAUCCCAAAUCACUCUCUGAAACCCACUUAAUUCCUUUGAUUUAUACAAAAUCUUUAAUACCCAUUUCACAUUUUAGCAGAAGCAUUUCCCUUUCCUCUCAAUUUCGACACGAAUCCGACACGAAAGAAGUAAAUGGGAAAUCAAUUAAGUCAUUGGAAGCCGUUUUCAAAGAAGCAGUUGGGCUUGAAAUUGAAAAGGAAGAACUUACGGAAAAUUCAGGAAAAUUGAAGGUGGAAUUGAGUACUUGUACGGAAGGUUCAAUGAAAAAAGCAAAGAUUUCGAAACGGUCGAAAACCCUUUUCAAAGAAGCAAUUGGGGUGUCAAAAAAGGCAAAAAGUUUUGAACUUGAUCAAGAAUCGGAAAAGGGUUUGAAAAAGUUGUCGACUUUGUUUACGAGUAGUGCUGGUCAAAGAAAGAAGUUGAAAAAUGAGGUUAGGAAAGUAGAGGAGGUUAUUAUGGAAUAUAAGGAGUUGUCACCAGAUAUGGCUGUGUUUGCAGAGUAUUUGUAUAAGAAAGGGUACUUGAUUAAUGCGAAUUUUUUACCAAAUAAUAAGUUUGAUGUUUCUUGUUUUGUGAAUAAUUACGGCCGAGAUUUCUUGAAGUUUGCAGCUGAAAAGUUUGCCAAGGAUCAUCGCGAAAUCAACAAGUGGUUGCCCGAUAGUGAUUUGAAAAAAGUGGCCCAAUUUGGAUGCCCUUCCCUUGCGCGGAAGAAUAUUUUUUCGGCCAAAGCAAUGCGCUUUCAUUUUGGGAUUCAAGAAGAAACGGUAUGCAACAAGUGCACGCUAAAAGAGUCCUGCAAGUUUGCGAAUCAGAGUGUAUGGAAAAAGGGGGCAACGAAUAUAGACUUGCCUGUUGUGAUGAGGGUAAUAACUUUGUAUGCUCUUGAGACAGUGCCUACUAAACUGAAAGUUCCUGAUGACGUAAAGAAUGCAGCUAAUCAGUUGUUGAAAGAAGUCAUUCGUUUAAGUGAAUUGGAAUCUUGAGACUUUUUUACUCUGAUUCUUGAUUGAAUAAGUAGCAUAUGGUUCUUACAGGACUCAAAGAGCCAUAUUUAGAAACAAGUACACCGAUAUCAAUUUUUUUGGUAAUGGUGGCGCAUGAUGUGAGACCUUUGGCCAACUAGAUCAACACUCUAUCGCCAGACAAACUUUAACCGGCUGCAAUACACAUCAUUAUUAGAGAUAUCUAGCGCUUUCUUGUAUUACCUUUUUGAAUGGUAUAUUAGAUUAUAGUUAUGUUAUAUGUUAAUUAUAAUUUUUCGGAUUCCUAAUUCGUGUCAAUAUUCAACAGAUGACAGCAAUAAUAAUGCAUAAAAGUUAAAACUGUGAUUUGUAGCAUCAAA